AUGGAAUGCUCAAAUGAGGAGAAGUUAGGUUCCACUGUAUCCUUACUAAACGAAGAAGCUCAUCACUGGUGCAAUACGUACACGGAUGCGAGGAAGAGAGACUUUUUGGAUCUGAUUCAAGGAACUAUAUCCGUAGCUGAGUACGAGUCUGAGUUUGUGCAACUUAGCCAGUAUGCUCCGGAGAUACUGUCCUUUGAGAAGGAGAGGUGUAAGAGGUUCCGGUUUGGGUUAAAUUGGAACAUUCGGAUAGAUUCUGGUUCUACUCAUUCAUAUAUUGUGAGUAAUUUAGUGAGUGAGUUGGGGAUUCUGAUAGAGACCAUUAGGCAAGGAAUGGUUGUGACGAGUUCACUAGGAGGAUGUGUUUUGGUUGAUCAGAGGAGUUACCAGGUUUGCCGCCAGAUUAGGAAGUUGAGUUUGAUAUUGAGGUUUACCCUGUUCAUAGUGGUCUUUAUAGAUGAUAUUCUCGUGUGUUCCCGUACUGAGGACGAUCAUAAUGCACAUCUACGGGUUGUAUUUCAAAUUUUGCGAGAGAAGCAGUUAUAUGCGAAGUUAAAUAAGUGUGAAUUUUGGCUUUGGGAAGUGAUGUUUCUUGGGCAUGUGGUGUCUUCUAAAGGGAUUCGUGUGGAUCCAAAGAAGGUUGAGGCUGUCUAG